AUGGGUGGAGAAGUUAUUCACUUAUACCACAGAAUUAUGAUUUCUAUUUUGUGGGAUGAUGUGAAGUACGAUUCGUUCGUCAUAGGCAGCGAUGAAGAUUUGCAAGUUCUGUUCCAUUAUUGUCGACAAUUUUUGGAGCCCGAGGCAGCUUUGGUUGCCUCCCUGUCCUUUGCUGCUAAUCUAAACUACACUCGUGACGGAGAAAUGGGUGACAAUGGUCCCUUCGGCGAUGUUAUGAUGUUGAUGGCCGGUAUUCCUAAUGUGGAUGAGGAUGGUGAUGAUGUGGAGCCCGCCGCCAUUGUCGAUGAUAGCGAUGAUGAGCUAGCAAUGAGUACUCCAACUGGGGGUGGUGGAGCAACUAUUUCAGGAACUCUGCAAUUCACACAGGUUACAAGAGGACAAGCUGAGUUCCAAGUUGUUCAGCAGUUUCAGGAUAAAAAGGAGGUCGUGUUAAGCGUGAAAACUUAUAGCAUUCGAUGUGGAAUUGAGUAUAAAGUGUUGGAAUCUGAUUAUCGCAAGUACCAUGGGAAGUGUAAGAAAUUCGGCAACAGUGAUCACAAGAGGCUUGAUUACCAAGUGAUCUCGGCCUUCAUACUGCCUAUGAUUAGAGCCGAUGUUACCGUGUCGAUCAAGAUGACGAUGCUGGAUAGUAUUGCAGUGUUAAGGACAAGUCCUGUGCGACUGGGUGGCCAAGUCGAUAAGUCACAUGCUUAUUUCCACCGUCUUUUUUGGACAUUUCCACCGCGUAUCAAGGCCUUCCGACGUUGCAAGCCUCUGGUUAGUGUCAACGGAAUCCACUUGUACGACAAAUAUGGUGGUACACUGCUGGUUGCAAUAGCUCAGGACGGCAAUUCAAAUAUCAUUCCUGUUGCAUUCACCCUUUUGGAGUGUGAGAAUGCACAGUUGUGGUCAUUGAUGCAUGAGAAUCUUAUGUACUUUUCUUGGGUGUUUCUUAGGUGA